AAAAGCGCAGUUCACCUCCUGACGCGGAGUUGAGCUCACUGCCAUGGCAGAGCGCGGGUCUGUGCACGUGUCCAGCGGGAUUCUGGGCAUCUUUAGCGGCUCUCUUUUGCUUUUGGUGAACAACUAUGCCAGUGAUCCUGGAGGAGACUUCAUUCCCCUCACAGCUUUGGGGAUCCUGCUCCUCAUCAUUGCAGCUCUCAUAGCGUACGCAGGUGUCCUGCACAGUCUGUCUCACGCCCAGCUGUUUUCCACUCUGUGCCUCACCGUGUCCGCUCUGUGGUCUGGCUCAGGUCUGGUGUACAUCCUGGUGGGGCAGGGUGUGCUAGAUCCUACAGAUCUCAGAUCCUCUCUAGUCCCCGGCCUGGCAGCGUUUACGUUAGCACUUUUUAUUAUUAGCAGUGUUGCUCUUUUUGUGAAAAAAGUAGUUUUAUUCCUGAUAGGAAUUGGCCUUUCUUUGGCGUGUGCACAUCAAAUCGCUGGUUUGACAGCUACACACUUUGGUCAAUCUGCAACUGGCGCCUGCCAUCUCUUUGUGUGUUUAGUGUGUGCCUUUUAUGGUUUGGGGCAUCUGCUGUCGAGGGUCACUCGAGGUAAAAUCGAAGUUCCAAAAGCAGACCUGAAGCAAAAAGCUGGACUCAAAACCGAGCAGACACAGGGGUGCACCGUUGCAGUGAGUGUCGGUCUAGUGAUGAACUUGUUGUCCGCUGCUGUGUUAGUCUGUCCCCUGUUAGGUGUGGUUCCCUCUCUCUUUGUGGGCCACGUUCCCUGGCUGUGGACAGCUGGAGUCUUCCAGUUUGGGAUGUGCAUCCUCUUUUACCGAGCUAUGGAUACACUAGCCGCCACUUUUUAUGGAUUCACGGCGCUCCUGAAAUUUGCGGAGGGCUACAGCGCUCUCCUGUCGUUCUACUUCAUUCUGCCUUUCUCUCCCGUUCCUUUCCCAGUUGUCUUUUCCAUUCUUUUUUUCAUCCUGGCGCUCUUCAGUUGUCAGAAGAACAUACUAGAAGGGCUCUACCAGUUAUUUUUUGUAGCCUAUUGCAUUGCCAUUGCCGCUCAGCCUCAAGGUUUCUUCCAAGGAGGCACUCAAGGAGUACAGGGGGCCAUAUUUGUAGCUUCGGCUUGCAUGCUUUUAAUCACCACAUUCAACAUGGUCUCCAGUUCCACAAUUCCCACAGGGAAAAAUGUUUUCAAGGUUUUAGUAAACAAGAUUCAAAGCCUUACCCUCCGAGCUCAGGACAAAGAGGUGCACACACCUUAUCUGGGUUACUCUAAGUAUGCCGAUGCAGAGGUGUUGGGUCACGCCUGUAGCGUUUUGGCUGCUUUUGCCAUGACGGCCACCAUUGGGAACAGAGACCCUCUGUCUGUGUUGAUUCUGCCCUGGGUGGUGAUGGCGGGUGGGGCGCUGCAGCUCUUGUGUGGUUCGGUAGCAUUCGCUCGAGGUAAAACCUUCGAGAGCACCGUUUUCAUUCUCUACGGGAUGAUGUGGACGGUGUGGGGCUUGACGCGCUACGGAGGUUUAUACGGUGAAACUAGAGGCUUCGACGUGGCCGUGGGGAUCAUCAGCUUCAUGUUGUUUAACGGCUUAGUCACAGUCGCUGCUCUGUUUCUAAAUGUCACCUGGUUCAUUUACGCGCUCACCUUCGAGCUGAUACUCAUCAGCUUCCUCCUGGAUGCGGUCAAUGCGCUGCCUUAUGGCUACGACAUCGGAGUCACGAUUAUUUUUGGCCUCGUCAGUUUUUACUGCUUCUUGGCGCACAUUUUCAACAGUACCUUCCAGUCUCCUCAAAUCCCUUUAGGUAGAGCUUUAGUCAAACUGGGUGGGGUAGGAGGAGGGGCAGAUGUCUGUCCACAUCUUCCAGCCCGGAAAGCCACAUCUGUCCAACAGAUAGCAGAAAUCAUGAAAAAUGGUGGCAUAUGUGGGAUGCCAACGGACACCGUCUAUGUGCUGGUAGCAGCCUGCAACAGGCCGGACGCUGUGGUCAAAGCAUACCAGGUGAAAAAGCAGGCUGAGGACCGACCCAUGUCCAUGUGGAUCUCUUCCAUCAAGCAGCUGGAGCCUGUAAGACACCUGCUGAGCCCUCUGCUGCUGGACUUCAUGGAGGCCGCAUGGCCGUCCUCCAUUAGCAUGGUCAUUCCUAGAGGCCCCUGGUUGGGCAUGCUUGGUUUGGAAGAUGCUGCCAAACACAUCGGAACCCCACAAAGCAUCGCCAUCAGAAACCCAGACUGUUCGGUGGCCACACACCUCAUAAAUUUGGUGGGGCCAAUUGCUGUGACUUCAGCCAAUCCAACAGGCGAGGCAGAUACAACUCAUCAUAACCAAGUUUAUGCCAAACUGGGAGACAAGGUGGACGGGGUACUGUGUGAUGGACCGUCCCCCGAGAACAUUGCAUCUACCGUCGUUGACUGCACCAAGAUUGAAACCGGACACAUCGGUUUCUUUAGAGUAGGACUAAUUCCUAAAUCUAAGGUUCUUCAGAUUUUUGAAGAGGUACAGAAUCGCCACAGACGAGGACAAGCGAAUCCCACUUUCGAGUAUGAUACAGAUAUACCAGGAACAGAUAUUGGGCCGAGUCAAGAAGACGAUGUCACAACAGAGUCUGGAAGAGGAACUGGAAGCUCAACAACUUCCACCACAUCUUCUGAAGAAAGAUCACUCCACGCAUAUGAAUCUUUAUCUGUUUCUACUUAAAUAUGCUGCUAAUAAAAUAAAAUAAAUGGUAUCACAUGAAGGAGCUUAAACGGUUUCUAUAUGAAUAAAAUGCGCACAUUAAGAAGGAGCCUUUUAUACUAAAUAUCAUUUUAACUUGUAUUGCUUUUAUUUCAUCUGAUUGUUACUGCCUGAAUAUUAUGUAUAUAAAAACGUUUUAAAUGUUUGUAUUUUUUGAAAUAUUUGUAUUCCCUUUUUUGCUUUAAUAUAUGACCACAGUUAUUAAUUUUUGUUUAGAACCUGCAGAUUAUUGUGUUGACAUAUGUUAUAAUGAGUUUUUUUUAAUAUAACUCGUUCCUCACAUUGUCAAUAAUAUUGUUAAAUUAAAGAAAAAUAUGAAAUAUUUGUCAAAAUCUGACAAAUUUGAAAAAGUUCGAGCAACAUCAAUUUUUGUUGAGCUCUGACUUUUUUUUCUACAUUUCCCCCAUCACAACUCAAACAUCAUUGGUUCAAACAGUUUCUAUGUUCAACGUUUCCUCAGCAGACAUAUUUCUCACUAUUUUCCUGCAGAUUGACAACUUUCAGGCUUUGAAGGCUUAAACAAAUGCAAUCUAUCUUUACGUCUCAGUUUUCUUGAUGCUCUGAAGCAUAGUGUACAGGAGUCAUAAAAGGGUCUUGCUGGUCCAAUAACCCUUAACAGGGAUUUCCUGACAUCACAGACACCAACCGUAUUGUCAGCUUAAAUAAGAAAUAAAUAACAAAAAUUGUUCUUUUCAGUUACAAAAGAAAAGGACAAAAAAAGUGACUAUAUAUACAACGUUUUGUCAAAACGAUCUGGUUCCCAGUAUUUCUGCAGUCUUUGAUUGCACUCUUUUGCUUAAACUUAGUUAAGUGUAUUCUUUUCUUCUUUGUUUUUCUACAUGUUGUCAGUCCCAAAGAAAGCUGUAAGAAGAUGAUCAUCAAACUGUCACCCUACUUAGUUUUUUUGCAGAACAAAACAAUUAAAACAAGCAUGAAAACAAAAAAAAGUAUGAAGUAACACCAAUAAAUAAAUCUCAAAAAAGGAACCAGGACUAAUCAGAACCAGAAAUAAUCAGAUUGAGCCUUUUCUUUCAACCAAACAUUGGUCAGAAAUCAUAGAUAGUGAAAAAAACGAACAAACAAACAAAAAAAACAGAUCUUUCUUUGACAUAAAAAAA